GUUGUGUAGGCACAGGCCCGCUGUGAUUUGGUAGCUGCUGCAGUAGGAGGAAGGACCGCGGGUCUAACCCUUCCAUCGCUUACUUUCGACUUGGAAUUCCUUAGGUAGCUCGUUGUAGUAGCGAUCUACGAUCGUUUGAGUGUUCUCUGGUCGUGUUCUAUGAUAAUCACGUCGGUGAUUUAUCAACGGACUGAUAUCAAUCGCCAUUUUACCCGCACGUUUUCCCUGGCAGAAUCGCUAGCACAACAAUGGCUCUGAAAAGAAUCCACAAGGAGUUGAAUGACUUCGCACGGGAUCCCCCAGCCCAGUGUUCUGCUGGACCAGUAGGAGAUGACAGUUUUCAUUGGCAAGCCACAAUAAUGGGGCCUAAUGACAGUCCUUACCAAGGCGGGGUUUUCUUCUUGACCAUCCACUUCCCCACAGACUACCCCUUCAAACCACCAAAGGUUGCAUUUACCACAAGAAUCUACCAUCCAAAUAUCAACAGCAACGGCAGCAUUUGUCUUGACAUCCUGCGAUCACAGUGGUCUCCAGCUCUCACCAUCUCCAAAGUUCUCCUGUCCAUCUGCUCUCUUCUGUGCGACCCAAACCCGGAUGACCCCUUAGUACCCGAGAUCGCCCGUAUCUACAAGACGGACAGGGAAAAGUACAACAAAAUAGCCCGGGAAUGGACAACAAAGUAUGCAAUGUAGUGUUGGUGAGGCAGAAUUGUGGCCAACCAGUUCUAUGGCAAAAGUUUGGGAAGCUUGAGAUAUAAAGAGAAAACAAACACAAAAAAACACUUACAAACAAAUGAAAAGAUUAAAAUAAGAUCUUGUUGGUUUCCAUUGGAGUGCUUUCAUUGAGCCACGCCUCCCCAUCACCAGAGUACCUCUGCCCCAUAUGUGUUGAUUCUCCUCCCCCGUAUGUCUCCCAUCUCUUUUUGUCUUGCCUCUCCAACCACCUGACACGCCCUCCCUCCCGUGAACUAACAGCCAACUUGCAAUGGUAAUAAGCGCCUCUUCUUUCGUGCCCCCGCCCUUUUAUUCCUCACAUCUGACUGCGUUUUAGUUAGUUUCCUUGCGGGUUUGGUUGUCGCCGCCUAAACCCCCACCCACCCACCACAGUUUAAAGCAUUCCUUUGAGCAUCUAAACUUUGAAGGGACCCGUUUCUUUUUAUCCAUUUUUGGGGGGUGGAGGGGCACACAAAAUUGGGGGACUUUUUUUACACUUUGCAUCCGAUGUUUUAGUUUUUUUCUUUUUUGAUUCCCAUCUGUGGAGAAAGCAGAUUGACUGAGUCGAACGGCACUCUGUAUUAAAUACAAUGAUGUAACACCCAUGUUAUAUACAACCACAUUCACAUGGACAACUGUACCGGUAUUUAAGCUUUUUUUUUUCUCCAACCUGUGUUUUUACCUGCCCCACCCAUCCCUCUCCCCGUGUCUCUUUAGGUUGCUUGUUUUCUUUUUGUCGUUUGCUUUUUGUUAAAUUUAGAGGCUAUCAUCAUAAAUGGCUCUGGGACUGGCUUGGGCUCUUGAGUGCGAGGAGAACCCACUCUUCUUGCACAAAACCUCUGUAUAUUGAAUUACCCGAGAGGCUCGUUGAGCUUUGUGUGUUGAUUAAACUGUGUAAUAAAAACCUGUGACUCUU